UCUAUAAUUUAUAAAUUUUUUGGCUCUCAUUUCUUCUUCUAUAAUUUAUACAAGUUUGUAAUUUGGGAACGUCAAUAACUUUUAUAGAUGAAAAGCCAGCGUUCAAACAAACUUUUGUUUGGGUCUCAUUUCUUCUUCUCCUUUCUUCUUCUAUAAUUUAUAAAAUUAUGUUAAAGCAUUGGAUUCCCAAUAACUUCGAUAAAAUUACAAUGGCCGAGGAGAAGAAGAACCUGCAACUCACAUUCCCUGAGGUAGUUUGGGACCCUGAUCCAUUUUUGAAGAUGGCCUUGCAAGAACUCGUGGGGAUGAAAGGAGAAGAUGCAGCAAAGAAGAUAGAGGAAGAGAAGUCGGGUGCUACUGUCCACGUAGUUCAUGAAGAUAGUGCUGUUACAGUUGGUUACAGGUUGGAUCAAGUCAAGUUAAUCCUUGACUCGUCCGAAACUGUUGUCGCGAUAAAUCUUAUAAUCGCUAAACUAUAGUUGGUUAUAUAUUUUGCACAUGACAAAUGCUAUAUAUAUGUAUCAUUUGUUCAUGAUGCUUAUUUAAAUAAAUGGUUGACUACUCUACUUU